AGUGAAUUUAAAGAGAAGAAAGAAGACCUUUUCGUGUUCGGCUACUCCUGCAAAUUGUUUCGGGACGACGAAAAAGCGCUGCACAUUGACCAAGGAAAGCACCUCAUUCCGUGGAUGGGGGAUGAAACGUUGAAAAUCGACAGGUUCGAACUGUUUUUUACUAUAAGAUUGCUACUUGUGGCGCUAAAAGUUAUAAACCUUAUGUAAAUGGUCAGAAAAUACUAAAUUUUGGAAGAUAUUAAGAUUUUCGCAGAGGAAUGUUUAUGGAGUGGCUGACUGGAGGAUCCACGGCUGAGGACGGCUUGAACACCGGUUAUUGAUACGGUGAUAAUCUUCGGUGGUAUGACGCACGGGGUGCCCUUCACGACCUGUCGGCACUGGAGGCGCCCUCAGGUGGCUAUGACUGGCGCAUCGAGCUCACACGAGCAGAGCUCGAUGUGGAACAGCUGUGUGACGAGGAGAGGUACAGGGCUUUACAUACAGAUGAAGAUGAAGAGGAAAUGUACAAAGAAGAGGAGCUGAAGCGUCUACACGCGGCGGGCUACGGACAGGUGGGCUUCAACUACGACACGCCACAGGCGCCGCAGCAGCCGCCGCCGGUGGAGCCCGACGAGCCGUUUGUUCCAACACCAACGUAUAAAGCUCUCUUUUCUACGGACAUUGUUAUGCCAACAUCAGAAAAACAGAACGCCAUAAUAGAGAAGACGGCCAAGUUCAUCGCGUCCCAGGGCGCUCAGAUGGAGAUCCUCAUCAAGACCAAACAGACGGACAACCCGCAGUUCAAGUUCCUGAACCGGGACUCCGUUCUACAUCCGUAUUAUACCGCGCUGACAGCGCUGGUGAAAGCUGGCAAGUGGCCAGAGAAGAUACCUGAACAAGUGGAGGAAAAACCGCCUGAGCCCGACGAGUAUUUACAUCCCAGCUUGGCGUCCACUAUUAUCGAAUCCGCGCCAUCAAUCCCCAGCAUCCACUACAAGCCGUCCGCGGACUGCGACUACACGAUGCUGAUCUCCAAGAUGCGCGGCGAGGGCGGCCUGGACUCGGUGUACAGCCCCGAGCGGGCGCCGGGCGAGGAGGCGCCGCCGGGCACGCAGCCGCUGCCGCCGCGCCGCGCCGCCAUGAUCGCCCGCCCGCCCGUCAUGUACGCCAGGGCGGAUAGCGUGCCUCAGACGGAGCCCCCACCGGCCGUUCCGUCUCAACAGGAACAAUACGCCGCUUACCUCGCUCAAUGUAAAGCGUUGCAGGUUUUAAGACAAGAGAACAAUAUCAAACCACCAACAAAGGUGGAGUCAACCGGUUUGAGUCUCAUGAAGAAUUAUAAUACGGACUCUGAAACUGAUGAUUCUGAUACCGACGAAACAUCUUCAACGGACAGCAAAGAGCAAGUCGCGAUACCGCCGGAAGAGAUCAAAGUGGUCAUAGAAAAAAUGGCCGCGUACGUAGCGAGGAACGGGGAUGAGUUCGCGGAGAUAGUGCGGGCAAAAAACGACCCUAGGUUCACGUUCUUAGAGCUCGAUAACGUGUACCACCCGUAUUAUAAACGGUUGAUGCAGGAGAAGAGGGGAGUGACCGCUAAUGGGAGGGAGAAGUCGAAGAGGUCUGGUGCACUGCUAUCUUUCUCCAUAAAAAAGAUGAAAGGGCCAGACCCGAUACUGCCCAAACCAGCUUUGCCCUACGAAUCCAGCUCAGACGAGGAUCCGGACAAGCAGACAGACAAACAGGAAGACAAGGAACCGGCUAAAAGUACCGCGCCCCCCACUUUCCCUGUACAAAACAUGCCCCCAGUCGUCGUUUACAAAAUGGAAGGGGCUGUUAAUAACGAUCUGCCUAUCGUGAAAACGAUUGACGCAAAAGUUGUACACCCAGCGCCUGUAGUAAAAGAAGUGGAGAAAAAAGGAGAUAGAGUAGAAGAAACACCUAAAAUUGAGAAUCAUGUGCCUAUUGUUGAAGUCAAAUUACAGCAGACUGAAGAAAAGGAGAAAGUGGUUGAGGUAGAGAAGGUGGUACUAGAAGAGAAGAAAGAAGUGGAGAUUAAGAAUAAAGAGAGGUGUCCAAAGAAGGAGAAGAGGAAACAUAAAGACAGAAAGAGGGAGUAUAGAUCUAAAUCUGAGAGUAGAGAAGUUAGGAAGGAAAGGCGGAGUGCGGAAAGAGAAGAGAGGAGAGAAAGGAAAAGGGAGAAAGGGGAGAGAGAAAAAAGACAUAAUAAAAAUAACAGAGAUGACUUGGAAAAUGAGAUAAUAUCUUUGGAUGACAAUUCUGAUGAUCUGGUCGACUUGACUGGUGAUUUGUCAGAUUCUAAAGGCGACACGGAGAGCGACCGCGCCAAGCAGCAGCAGCGGCGGCGGCGGGCGGCGGAGUUCCUCAGGAGGGUGGGGGUGGAGCCCGGCGCCGCGCUCGCCAUCCCAGCCAACUCGCUCGCCAGCGCCAUGGUGGACACAUUAGAAUCUAUUCGUAAGAAAAAAGCCGACGAAGAGGAGAAGAGACGGCGCCGCGACAAGAGACGACGUCGGGAGAGAUACGAUUACGAAGAAGGUGCAGAUAAGUCUCACAGAAAAAGCAAACGGAGAAAGUACAAUACGUCCGAGGAAGAAGAAUCUGACAUUGAUGGUAAAAAGAAGAGAAAGAAGAAGGACAAAAAGCACAAGACGAAGAAGAGGAGACGUCGCGACGUCGAACAGGAGGAAGAGGACCACCCCCUGAACAUUGACCUCACCACCACGCUGAAGGAGCUGCGAACAGCCUCGCCCACCAAGCAACUUGAGCUGGACACUGAGGAGACCCAGUUCAGCAUGAAGCAAGACUCCUCAUCGUCUGAUGAAGAAGAGAAGCCGAAGAAGAAGGAGAGGGAGUACAGCGAGGGGGAGUGGUCGAGCGACAGCGAACAGGACUCUGAGUCUGAGCAGAGCAAGGUUGAUUAGCGUCCGUUGGUACCAGACGAGCAAAACAAAAAACAUAACCGUGGAUGUCUCGACAGAUUUUCCGUGCUCCUAUUUUAUUCUGUGGUAUUUAUUAUAUAAUAUAGAUAAAAAAAAAAUACCGAAUAAAAAAAAAUGUAUUUCUCCUUUAUGGAGAAGACAGAGCCAGCGGUCUCGGAAAGACUCGAAGGCCACGUUCCUCUGAAUAAAUAAAUUGUGAUUUAAACCAAUAAAGAUUAUUUUAUUUAUUACAAGUGUAAUGAAAUGUAGAAAAGACAUGAAACGUGUAAUUUUUUUGUGGCAAUUCUGAAACAAUGUAGGUACAAUUAGAACUCAAUAAUAUUCUGUGACAACAGUGCAACAAUGUUACGUUCUGAUAAGAAAAUACAUAAAGUAUUGAAAAGUCUUUUUUUAUUGUUAAUAACUAAAUAAAAUAUUUCUUUUAUAUAAGAUAAUAUUUCUGCUGUAACAUUUGGCAAAAGGAAGACAGAUUUUGAAAUGAAAGGAAAUGUUUAACACUUAAAUGUUUCUUUACUUCAAAUAAAGAAUUUAUUAUUUAAAUAGUAAUAAUGGAUAAGCGUUUAUUUUCUAAGAUUAGUGUUUAUGUUGGCUUUCUAUCAAAGCUGUAAGGGUUUAUUUGUUAUAGCGUAACGUGAAAAAAAAAUAGAGAGAUUAACAGUACUACCAACUAGUACUAAUACUUAUGUUUAUGAACAAUGACAUUGUAACGUCACCUUUUCCGCUGAAUAAAGAUUUUUCGUUCUUUCUUUCUUACCACUUAUGAAAGUCGCCUCGGCAUUAUUCGACGGCGCAGAAUAGCGCAUCCUAUCGCCGAAUCAAAUCGAAUAAUAAAUCAAUAAAACAACAACCUUAUUGUAAGUGCAUUAAGCUUAAAAUCCAAAAACAAAAUGUCUCCUGCUAUCUCGCUCUUAUAAUAGUAGUACAACGGUUCAAAUAGCGCGCUCUGAUUGGCUCAACAGUUCAAAUAAUUUCAUUUCAAAAUGCAAUUUUUUUUAUUUUUUAAUAUCGUUUUUUAUAUGAAUUGGCAAAAUAAAAUUAAGCGUUUGUAAUCAUAAAUUCACAUUAGCAAAAAAAUGACUCGCUUAGUACCUAUACAUAACGUGUCAGCUGGGUCUAUGUCCGUGUACGGAACCCUCCCUUUUACUCGGCCCAUGAUAGAAAGCCGCCAUUAACGUUGUUGAUUAGAACCAAUUUAUAUGAUAAACUUACUUGUAUAUAUUUGUAAUUAAAUAUUGUGAAAUUUUA